AGUUCGGGAAACAGCCUGGUGUGAUUAGAAUCUUUCUUGUGCGUUCAAGUUCAUUUUGACGAGCUUCGUAACCUCGGGGUGUUCAAUUUUGGUUUGAUAAAGACGUCAAAUACGAUCGUCAGCGUAACGGAGUAUGCCAACUUAAUAGAAGAAGAAGGCUCGUAUUGGCGUCCAUACUGUCUUCGCGCAACGGUCGAGUGCGCCUGAAGUUCUCUGCAAGUUACAAGAGACGAAUGGAGCUAGACAUGUUGUACCGUCGCAUCUGACUAGGAGGAAGGGAAUACCGGAAGUGCAGGGUUACUCAAGAUGCACGUCGAUUUGAAGAAUGCUGGCUACACCGCUGGCUCGUGCUUGUGACAGUAUGAGUGAUGUGAUGUACGGGAAGUCGUUCAGACCUCAACUUUCAUAUUUUAGACCACUGACCAGAACAAAAUCUCGGAAAUAUUUUGCAAAUGUGAAAGCCUCCAUCGACGACAGAUGCACAAGGUUCCGACAGCCUCUUUCCAAGGAACAGCUUGACUAUUUCUACGAAAGCACCGUCGUAGACGAUAAUCACAAAGUCAUCUACUGUCCUGUCUGGAAAUCAGGCUCGACCUCUUGGAGAGCAGUUAUGCUUGUACUACAAGGCUCAUUCAAGACUCUCGACGAUGCCGUCAAAUCUGUUUAUGGGAUUGAUGGCUUGACAACACUGAAAUCGUACAAGAACAGAUCAGAAAUCGAACUCAGACUUAGAACUUACAAAAAGUUUAUGGCUUACAGAGAGCCACUCAAUCGUUUCGCAGCAGACUACGUAAUGUUAAGAAGGAGUGGUAUAGUUUACGAACUACAAAGUCGCGGAGUAGUAGAAUACGUUAACUCUGUGAGAGGACGCCGCGAUCCCAAACAUUCGUGGCAAAACAUGACCAUUUGGGACUUUGCCAAGUUUGUGUCUCGUUUCGGUAACGAGACAACGAAAAUGAUUAGAUUGGAUAAACAGUGGAUACCACAGAAUAUGGCGUGUUAUCCGUGUCACAUUCACUACGAUUAUUACAUCGAUAUGGAGAGUUCAACCGUUAACAGAGACAGUCGCUACCUUUUGAUGAUUCUAGGCGCGCCACAUUGGUUGAAGAUGCCUCACGUCAAUCCUACGACUAAAGACAAAACUCCGUAUUUGUCGCAACUCUCUGAGCCGUUGUACAAUCGACUUGUGUCCGUUUACUACAAUGACUAUGAGAUUUUUGGUUUUAAGAAACCAGAACGCAGUAGAAUGAGACCCUAGAUGUGUAAAUUUCAAUCAGACUAGAAAAUUUUCAGUAUG